AUGGUGGCACGUGCAGCCUACGUUCAGCAGCGCUCGGGGUGUGCGCAACUCACGAUUCUCGUCAAAGCUCGGGUACAGCGCUGCCUGUAUGCACUCUUGACUGUUGACUCUAGUGCCUCCAUCAAGACGUUCAAAACCUGCCAUAAUAUCAGCAUUAACGAUUUUUGCGUUCAAAGAGUCGUCAGUCAGGCAGGGCAGGGCAGGGCCUGCAGAGCAGAGCAGCUCUUCGAACAGCUAUGGGACGUCAACUGGAAGAUGCAUAGCCCCUGGCAGUCCGAGCUGCAGUGCGCCCUCACCGGUUCCUCUGCAUCGAUCAUGGCGAGCAAAGGCGUGGGCAUGACUAGCACCCCGCUUGUGAGCAUCAGUGCUCCAUCGCUUCAAGACCAAGUGGACUAUAGCACCAUUCAGACGUCGCGAGCUGCUAUGCACCUCGCAGGCCAGGGCGGCUGGCCGCCUACCUGUGACGGAAACAUGGACGCUCCAGCGCUGCGAGCUCGUCAGGCGCCCGUCAGUCCAAAAAUUCAACAGCUCUAUCGAGCUUUGGCAACUGAAGCGCCUCGUCGACUGCAUGCACGACUGCUGCGCCUUCGCCGCGAGGAAGGCAUAUACUUUGUCGAGAGUUUUGUUGGCGACUUGCGAGAGUCUCAUGAUUCGAACGUACAGCUGAUCACCGCGAUUGAGAUGUCGCGCAUCACCGUGAACGCUGCCGGCCCUGUUGGCGAUGCCUGGGCUUGCACCAACCUAAGACGUAUUUGCGCCCAAUACAAUAAAAUGCUCAACAUCACCAACGCUCAACAAAGGGCAGCAACAGGAUGGAGGGCUCUUGCAAGGCGCGGAAACUUGAACAAGGUUGGCGAAGCUGCUUUCUGGGCUGGUCUAGGCGGUGCAGCAAGCAUCACCUUCAAAUCCUUGGUAGCAGAAAGAAAACUUCCAAGUGCAGACAGGGUCUUCAGGGAAGUGUGGCACAAAGCAUUCAAGGCCAGCUGCGCGACAGCUGCAAAGCAACUGAAGCGACAUCGCUCAUCAUCCGCUUACCCCUUCGCCUCUCCCAAGUCAGCCAGUGGUACUUUCGUUCUCGUCGAUAAGCAGGCCGCUACCCCCUUCGCCUCUCUUAAUUCAGCCACUGGUACUUUCGUCCUCGUCGAUAAGCAUGUAUCUAGAUCAUCCCGACAGAAUUGCGAUACGCAUUGUGAUUCGAAUUGCGAUUGGGAGUUAGUGAUCUUGGAACGAGACACGUGGAUGUUGAAUUACGAAAUCCAGAACGCGCGAGUACUGGUCGUGGUCGCAUCUCUUUCCUCUUUGCUCUCAGACAAUCAAGGCAAAUCAUCGACUCUUGUCCUCCAACUUUGUCUGGACGACGAAUUGAAGGUCACGCUACGCGCGAUGGUCAGCUACGAAAAUCCUUGGGUCCUGGAUGCCGAAGACACUGCCUUUGAGGCAGCGGAUGCGCAGGCCAAUCUAGAGCAUCCCGUCAUGAACAAUCUGCACUUUGUGGUUCUACGCGAAGCAAUCAAUGACCGUACGAACUCCAGAGCACUCCAGAAGCGCGCCCACGAUGCCCUCAAGUUUACUCGCGCCAGCUCCAAAGAGCUCCAAGCUACAUUUGUCGAUCAGCUUGCCAAGAACAAGGAGAUUUUCGAGCACACUCUCAAGCUGCUUGAGGCUCAGGGCGCGAAAGUCAGCAUCAUUGACGUCAUCGAGCAGAAUGAAAAAGGAAAGCUCGACUAUCCGACCAUGACGAUUCGCCUAUAUCGGUUGCAAGCCAGCAAGAGAACCAAAUCAGCCUACAUCCACAACUUCACUGCUUUUCUCUUCGGCGCUGGCUUGGUAGUGGUCUGUCAGGUGCUAUGGCGUACGUUGUCGUGGCAAGUGGUAAAGAACUUCUUCGUGGAGCUACUCGAGUUCUUGUUCGAGACGGUUCUAAGGCUGGUCCUGGAGGGAUUCUUUGGAGAGUUCGAGGACGACUGACUAGAUCAUGAGGGCAAUUGGCGCUAAGAAGAAAGAUUUCAGGGUCAGUCCCCGGUCUUUCUCGCCCCGAUGGAGGGAAAAGACACCGACAUCCUACACGCUCCCAGACGCGCAUGCACCACUCGCGUCAAGUCGUUCACACACCAGUCAGCUUACUCACUCUUCGGCCUUCCUGCCGGUCUGAGAGUCUCUCCAUUCAACUAUGAAGUCGUAUGCUUUUGUUUUGCUCAUGACAAUGUAGCCUUGAUGACAUGCACUGUAGAAGGAGAGCUCUGUUCGGAAAAGGUGAGGCGGCCAAAGACGCAGCAAGCGGCCGACUAAUCCUCUAAACCUCCGCGAUCCGGCUCCUACACAUGAAUGUGGCUGGCU